AUGGUGCAGCGCAUGUGGGCCGAGGCGGCCGGGCCGGCGGGCGGCGCCGAGCCGCUGUUUCCCGGCUCCCGGCGGAGCCGCAGCGUGUGGGACGCCGUGCGCCUGGAGCUGGGCGGCCCCGACAGCCGCGCCGUGGUGCUGCACAGCUUCACGCAGCUCGACCCCGACCUGCCGCGCCUGGAGAGCUCCACGCAGGAGAUCGGCGAGGAGCUGGUCAACGGAGUCAUCUACUCCAUCUCCCUGCGCAAAGUGCAGGUGUGUCAGGGCGCCAACAAGGGCCAGCGCUGGCUCGGGUGUGAAAAUGAGUCGGCCCUGAACGUGUAUGAGACCUGCAAGGUGCGCACGGUGAAGGCAGGUACCCUGGAGAGGCUGGUGGAGCACCUGGUGCCCGCCUUCCAGGGCAGCGACCUCUCCUACGUCACCAUCUUCCUGUGCACCUACCGCGCCUUCACCACCACCCAGCAGGUCCUGGACCUCCUGUUCAAAAGGUAUGGUAGGUGUGACGCCCUCACGGCCUCCUCUAGAUACGGCUGCGUCCUCCCGUAUUCCAGUGGGGACGGCGGACCCCAGGACCAACUGAAGAAUGCCAUCUCCUCCAUCCUGGGCACCUGGCUGGACCAGUACUCCGAGGACUUCUGCCAGCCCCCCGACUUCCCCUGCCUCAAGCAGCUGGUGGCCUACGUGCAACUCAACAUGCCGGGCUCCGACCUGGAGCGCCGCGCCCACCUCCUCCUGGCCCAGCUGGAGCACGCUGAGCUCGUGGAGGGGGAGCCCGAGGCUCUGUUACCGGCUCCGGUGCCAGCUUUGAGACCCACUCCAGAGCGAGAGCCGACCCCGACUCCCGCCCUGGCACUGGAGCCACCACCGGCCCCACUGCCAGCCCCAGAGCCAGUGGAGGAGCAAGAGCCCGCGCUGGGGCCACAGCUGGAGCCCACACUCACGGCUGGCGAGGCCUCGGAGCUCGAGCUGGGCCCCGCGCCCGGGUCAGCCGCAGGGCUGGAGCCUGCCCUCACCCCCGCUCCAGAGCCAGAGACUGCGCCCGAGCCGCCCGCAGUGCCAGCCUCAGAGCUGGAGCCCGCUCCGUCGCCCACCCUGGAGCUGGAGCCAGCCCCGGCGCCUGAGCCUCCUUGGCCUGCGGCUGCGGAGAACGGGCUGACGGAGGAAAGGCCGCACAUCCUGGCUUUCCCUCCCGACCUGGUGGCCGAGCAGUUCACGCUGAUGGAUGCGGAGCUGUUCAAGAAGGUGGUGCCCUACCACUGCCUGGGCUCCAUCUGGUCCCAGCGGGACAAGAAGGGGAAGGAGCACCUGGCCCCCACCGUCCGCGCCACCGUCACCCAGUUCAACAGUGUGGCCAACUGCGUCAUCACCACCUGCCUCGGGGACAGGAGCGUGACGGCCCGGGCCCGGGCCAGGGUGGUGGAGCACUGGAUCGAGGUGGCCAGGGAGUGCCGGAUCCUCAAGAACUUCUCGUCCCUCUACGCCAUCCUCUCGGCUCUGCAGAGCAACGCCAUCCACCGCCUGAAGAAGACGUGGGAAGAGGUUUCCAGGGACAGUUUUCGAAUCUUCCAGAAGCUGUCAGAAAUUUUCUCUGAUGAGAACAACUACUCACUCAGCAGAGAGCUGCUCAUCAAGGAGGGCACCUCCAAGUUUGCCACCCUGGAGAUGAACCCCAAGAGAGCCCAGAAGCGUCCGAAGGAGACGGGUGUCAUCCAGGGCACCAUCCCCUACCUGGGCACGUUCCUCACCGACCUGGUGAUGCUGGACACUGCCAUGAAGGACUACCUGUAUGGGAGACUGAUCAACUUCGAGAAGAGGAGGAAGGAGUUCGAGGUGAUCGCGCGGAUCAAGCUCCUGCAGUCCGCCUGCAACAACUACAGCAUCUUGCCCGAGGAGCGCUUCGGGGCCUGGUUCCGCACCGUGGAGCGGCUCAGUGAGAGCGAGAGCUACAACCUCUCCUGCGAGCUGGAGCCCCCGUCCGAGUCGGCCAGCAGCACCCUCAAGGUGAAGAAGAGCACGGCCAUCGUCAAGCGCUGGAGCGACCGCCAGGUCCCCAGCACGGAGCUCAGCGCUGGUGGCAGCUCCCACUCCAAGUCCUGUGACCAGCUCAGGUGCGGCCCCUACCUCGGCAGUGGAGACGUGGCCGAUGCGCUCAGUGUCCACUCGGCUGGCUCGUCCAGCUCCGACGUGGAGGAGAUCAGUGUGAGCUUCGUGCCCGAGUCCCCGGAUGCCCAGGAGAAGAAGUUCUGGGAGUCAACCUCCCAGUCGUCCCCGGAGACCUCGGGCAUCAGCUCCGCCUCCAGCAGUGCCUCCUCCUCCUCGGCCUCCACCACGCCCGUGGCCUCCACCCGCACCCACAAGCGCUCCGUCUCAGGGGUCUGCAGCCACGGCUCCGCGCUGCCCCUCUACAACCAGCAGGUGGGCGACUGCUGCAUCAUCCGGGUCAGCCUGGACGUGGACAAUGGCAACAUGUACAAGAGCAUACUGGUGACCAGUCAGGAUAAGGCCCCCGCCGUGAUCCGCAAGGCCAUGGACAAACACAAUCUGGACGAGGACGAGCCGGAGGACUACGAGCUGGUGCAGGUCAUCUCAGAAGAGAGAAAGCUGAAGAUUCCCGACAACGCCAACGUGUUCUACGCCAUGAACUCUGCGGCCAACUACGACUUUGUGCUGAAGAAGCGGACCUUCACCAAGGGGGCAAAGGUCAGGCACGGAGCCAGCUCCACCCUCCCUCGCAUGAAGCAGAAGGGGCUCAAGAUCGCCAAGGGCAUCUUCUGAAUGGCCCCGUGCUGUCCAGCCGCAGGAGCGCCCUGUCCAGGUCUGACUGACCAGCGGCUCAGCACUUAGACUACAGAGGCCCUGGCCAGGCGGGCACCCUCUGCCCGUCCUGCCAGCCCAGACCAUCCCCAGGACCAGUUCCACCCCAAACUCUCCCGCUGCUGGGAUUGACGCCUGCACAGGCUGACCCGGCCUCCCGUGGACCACUCGCUGCCUUAGGUGCCUUUGCUCUCUCGAACCAGAGGCCCAGCUGUUCUGCCAAGGGGUGCUGCCCUGGGCACGGACCCCCGUGUGCCGCCGGCACCGCCUCCACACACCUCCAGUGUGGGUCACUGCCGCCUGUGCCCAUGGGCACCCUCGCGCGCCUGCUUGUCCACCGGGCCUGACCACAGGUGUCCUUGCCUCGGGCCCAUGGCCCUGCCCAGGCCCUCCCACCACUCUGGCCUUUCUCAGGCUGCACCAAAGAUUCCAUCAUCUGGGCCAACAGAGGGGGAGGCUCUCCCACCCCUGCGCCAGCCCUCCCCCGGAGAGGGGCUCUCCACGGACCACACCCACCUGAUGAGUGAGGCGGCUCCAGCCAGGCCCUCGACGUCGACUCCUGCGGGUGCCGCUCUCCACUGCGUCCUGGGCUUCACGGGCCACUUGAGCCAGGGCUUAGCGGGAAGGGAGGAGGUGGGGGGAGGGGCGGGGACUGAACAUUUGUAAAAAGGGCAAAAAGAUGUUUACCAGUUGGGGAGGGGCAAUAUUUAUUUGUUGUAAAUAGCAAAUGGUAGACUUGAAUAUUAUAUUAAAAUCCUGUUUCUACUAUAGCCUGGGAGUGAUGGUUUUAGUCCUUCAUUUCCUGGCUGAUUUGAAUAAGACACAGACGCUCACCUUGUGUGACCAGGUAAGAGACCUUGCGGGCUUUGGGCUUGUUUUGUGCAGAAGGAGUGAGAAGGACACCCCCGCCCCCCGCGACUCACCAGAGGAGUGAGCCAGUCCCCCUUCACAGCACAGGUGUCACUGGCGCAGAGGCACCCCUCAGAACGCCUGGGGUGUCUUAGAGUUGGAGGGCACAGUGACACCUCUGGAAUUCCGACACGUUACUUUAAAAGUAAUGUCUGUGACAGAAAAUGGUGGAGUGAGAGGCUCCAGGGCUCAGUCACGCCUGUAAACAACCACGAAGCUGAUAAAACCCAUCAGAAUCAACAAUGUGGGCGCUGGACCCUCACACAAACAUGAGCAGGGGGUGCCUGAUGGAAGGGGGUGCUCUGCCAGGCCACCCUUGGACCCCGAAACAAUGAGGCAGAAUUGCAGUGGGCUUGCGGAGAGAGGGGGAAUGUCGCUGCAGGGGGAGAGCCCCCGAGGGGGAGAGCGCCCCACGGCUCCCACAGGUAACACUCCAGGUCCAGGUGUCAGUGAAUUACAAGGCAUAAAAGCAACAGGAAAAGAAAGCUUGAUCACAGGGGAAAAUAAAGAAUUUGACAGAAACACUCCGAGGAAAAGCCCAGAACAUGAAUAUGACUUAGCCCGUUAAAUCGACUGAAAACCGUGGGCAAAAAAAACUACGGCAACAGACUGUAAGAACAAAUAGGAAAUUUAACAAGGAGCUAGAAGUUAUCAAAAGGAGCCAAAUGGGAAUUCUGGAGCUGAAAAGUACGAUAAUGUAAAUGGAAACACAGAAUAGGGCAGAGCCCAG